ACACUUUGCUGACGUCACGCCAGGGCGGGGACAGCGAGCGGUGAAUGCGCAUGUUGUUUGUGCGCUCAGGUGAUCUUUAGGGAUUUCUGCUGUGAUCGUGGAAAACAUGGGCAAACUUCAAGAGUUUGAGAUCACAUUUGACCAAAAAAAAGAGGUUUACACCCCGGGCGAGUCCAUCUCUGGAGCCGUGACAUUCAAACUGGACGAGGCGCUGCAGUGUAAAGCCGUCAAAAUAAACUGCAACGGUUUCUGUGGUGUCACAAGUAAGGUAAAUGACACGGCAUGGACCGCGGAGGAACAGUACUUUAACAGCACCGUCUCUGUUGCAGAUAAAGGAACCCUGAAACAGGGAAAACAUACCUUUCCCUUUAAGUUUCUCAUACCAGAAUCUGCUCCAACAUCUUUUGAAGGCAGCUAUGGUAGGAUCGUUUACAGAGUGAGAGCCUUUAUUGACACACCGCGGUUUGUCAAGGACUACAACACAGAGAAAGCUUUCUAUCUAAUACGCUUUCUAAACCUGAAUGAAUUGCCAGACAUAUGGGGAACCUGCUCAUCAGCAGUAAAGCAGCAGUUCACCUACAUGCUGGUGAAGACGGGCACAGUGGACCUGAAGGCCCAGUGCGACAGGAAGGGUUACACCCCAGACCAGAUCAUCCAGGUGUUGGUCAACAUUCACAACCAGUCUGGGAAGACCACAGGCAACGUGGCAGCCAGCCUCAUGCAGAGAGUUACCUACGAGACCAAGAGGCCUACCCAUGAUGUGAAAACGAUUGUAGAAGUUGCGGGUGGUGUGGUAAAGGCUGGCAAGGAGUUGGAGUGGAAAGAGCAGAUUAUUGUUCCGCCUCUCCCUCGGUCCUCCCUGGCUGGCUGUGAUCUUAUUAAGAUUGAAUACUAUGUCAAAGUCAGUCUAAAGUCUCCAGACGUCAUGUUGACAUUACCCAUCCACAUCGGGAACGUCUCACUAGAUGAAAAACUGCACCCUUCCAAACAAGCAGAUCCUCCCUCCUCUGCAGCAGCUGAAGAUACACAAGCAUCAACCCCCAACAUCUCCCCCACUCUGCCCCCACGCCCUGCCCCGAAACCUGCUCCCCGUCACAGGAUGUCCUCUCAUAACUCCCCCAGCGCUCCUCCAGCUGAGGGCCACCAGGGAGCCGAGGGCGGCACUCAAUUGAAUGACGUCUUCCCCAACAAGAGGCAGUCUCAGCUGGUGUCACCCAACGCUUUCAGCUAUGCUCCCGGCCUCUUUUUCGCCCAGAACCAGCAGCACAACGGGCCUGGCACUGUACCCAGUGGGCCACCAGGAACCACAGCACCGUACCCCCCCGAGAACGGUCCCAGCUCAAUGCCAACACCACUCAUCCUGCCUCCAGAUUACAGCACCUCAUCUUAUCCCCAAGAUGCUCCUCCUUCUUAUAACGACAGCUGCAACUUGUGAAGUGGAAGAAGAACCAGCGACCUCUCACCUCUACGCUGGCCUGUCAUUGUAAGAGGACAAGACAGGAAUCUUAAUGUAACCUGGUGUGAUGAUGUUAUUUCAGGUGCAGGUUUAAAGCUUUUCUAAAUGUAGGUGAAUCAGCAUUUUGAAUUGACCAGGACCUCUAAGGGCUUGGUGAACAAUUCCUUCACUUAUCCACAGGGCACGUUCUCUCUUUCAAACCUGCCUCAGUCAAUCAACUGUCAGUCCAUUUUUGUAUACUUUUGGCACUUUGAAAAAAUUGAGGAAUAUACUGAAUUUGAGAGGCAGUUAUUGCAGCAACAAGACGGUUUUUAGAAGGGGGUUAUUUAGUAAUCACUUAGAUGGCAUCUGUGAUGUCUAAACGUUUAAAUUUUUGUUUUUACAAAAAAGUUGUGUAAUACAACCAUAUCUCAUCUCAAAUAUAUGUGUGUAUGAUAUACCUUUUGUGAAAAGUCAAAUAAGAAAUUAAGAUGUGUGUUAUUAUCAUCUCCAUUCUUGAUUUGAGUAUUGAAGACUGCAUUAAACAUUUUUUAUAUGGCUUUGAUCAGUAGUUUUUUAAUUUUAUGGUGAUAAUAAACUAUAGAUAUUGCUCCAUUUAUUUUUGUAAGAAUAUCAUGCAUGGCCCUGCUUGGAGAAUGAUGCUUUUGUAUUCUUUCCCUGCUGAAUGUACGUUGGCUGUUGGCGCAAGAGAUCCCGUCUGUCUCGUUUUCUUAUUUUAGUAGUUAACAGAAAUGCAAUAUCACUGUUAUUUGAGGUUUUCUUUGGCAAUUCUUGAUGUGUAAUUUAAUCAUAUUUUAAAAUAUUUUUUCAAGUUAAAUCCUUUAACAAAAAACACUAUUUAUUUACUCUCGAGUUUUUCUUUUGCUGUCUGGAAUACAAUAAAGCUGCUCAAAUCACUUAUGUCAA